AUGACUCCUCAAAUGGAAUAUGUCUCAAAGACUCAACACUACCUUAAAGUUAAAAAACCCCAAUUGGAACGUGAAAGAAGAGCUCGCAUCAACAAGAGCCUGGAUCAACUAAAACAUUUGGUAGCCGAAUUACAAGGCAGCGAUGCCAUAAUGCAAUUGGAUAAAGCUGAAAUGCUUGAAGCUGCCGUUGCCUUUAUGAAGAAAGAAGUAAAGAAGCCUAAAGCUGCUGCUCCUCUGGUACCCAUGGAACCUUUUUGUCAUGGUUUCAUGAAUGCUGUCAAUGAAGUUUCCCGUGUUAUGGCUACCAUUCCCCAUAUGAAUGUUGAAUUGGGCAAAUCUGUUAUGAUACAUUUGGGAAGUGAAUAUAAUCGUUUGACUUCGAGGACAACCCAGCAGGCACAAGUAGUAAGGGAAGAAGUCUACUCUUCAGCUCCUUUGUCACCAGCAUCCUCGGGUUAUCACAGUGAUGAUUGCGAUGAAAGCUCUAUGGCAUCACCACCACCAAAAGUUGCUACUGCCGUCUGGCGUCCUUGGUGA